UUGAUAAUACGCCCUCUCUCAAUUCAUCGUUUUCGGUGUAUCAGAACUGAAGGUUUCAGGAUUCCACUGUCGGAAUCGCUUUCUUCUCCGUUUCAAUAUCAAACACACGCUACUUUCUUCUUUUAUCCAUACUUUACCUACUUAGAUAAUCCAUAAACAAAAAACCCCCAAAUCCAGUUUAUCCUUUUUUGUUUUUUUCACCCCACAACUGAAUUUCCCAACCGGGAUCAUCACAACUACAGAUUGCUUUCGUAUUAAACACUUCUACAGCCCCCAAAUUCCCAAAUCAAUGGUGCCCUCCAUCUGGGGCACUUAAUUUCAAUCAUACAUGCCAAUUUCUGUUCAUUACUCACUUGCCCAGUUGCUCGGAAUCUUCCUUUAAUUCCCCAAAUCAAAUGGGUCGCUCUCGGGGCAAUUUUCAGUCCGACGAGGACCCCACUCAGAGAUCUAGGAGAAAAAAAAAUUCUUCUAGUGGAGAUAAUUUGGAAUCUACAACGCCAGGUCAGGGGACAACUGAAGGCAAAAAAGCUUUAUACCACUGCAAUUAUUGCAUUAAAGACAUUACAGGGAAAAUCCGCAUCAAAUGUGCCAUGUGCCCUGACUUCGAUCUUUGUAUAGAAUGCUUUUCUGUUGGGGCUGAGUUGACACCUCAUAAAAGCAAUCACCCAUACAGGGUUAUGGAUAAUUUAUCGUUCCCACUCAUUUGCCCAGACUGGAAUGCAGACGAUGAAAUAUUACUUUUAGAGGGGAUCGAGAUGUAUGGCUUCUGGAAUUGGGCAGAAGUUGCGGAGCACGUGGGAACAAAGAGUAAAGAACAAUGCAUAGAACAUUAUUCAAGUGUAUAUAUGAACUCCCCAUAUUUUCCUCUACCGGACAUGUCUCAUGUCGUUGGAAAAAAUAGAAAGGAGCUCCUUGCUAUGGCUAAAGGACAUGGUGAAGACAAGAAAGGAUUUUCAAUGCUUGGGGAGCUUAAUUUGAAGGCAGAGUCCCCAUUCUCUCCUUCAAGAGUGAAAGUUGAAGAUACGCAUAAAGUAGAUCCUUCUGGCCGUUUAUCUUCAAGCUCUACGUCAGAAGAGGGCAGCUUCAAUAUGGCCACUGCCACUGCCAACAAGAAAGCAUCAUCUGCAAAUCAAGUUAAAGAUAGCCUCGUUAAAGUGGAAGAUUCUCAAACAGACCGGAUCUUUAAAGGGAAGAAACCUAAUAUUCAAGCAAAUAAGGGUCCUUCUUUACUAGAGUUGAGUGGCUACAAUGAAAAGAGACAGGAGUUUGAUCCAGAAUAUGAUAAUGAGGCUGAGCAGCUGCUAGCGGAGAUGGAAUUUAAGGAUGCUGAUGGCGAGGAUGAGCGAGAGCUGAAAAUGAGAGUUUUGCGUAUAUAUUCUAAGAGGCUAGAUGAGAGGAAGCGGAGAAAAGAUUUUAUACUACAAAGAAAUUUACUUUAUCCAAGUUCUUUUGAAAAGGAAUUAUCAGCUGAAGAAAGGGCAAUAUGUCGUCAAUAUGAUGUCUUCAUGCGAUUCCAUUCAAAGGAAGAACACGAGGAAUUGCUUCAAACAAUUGUUGCAGAGCAUCGGACCUUGAAAAGAAUUCAAGACCUUAAGAGAGGAGGUGCAGUCUCAGUUCAUCUUAUGCAUAUCAAUCUACGAAUAACAAUGCAGGAAGCCAGACUGGCUGGCUACCGCACACCAGCUGAGGCAGAGAUCUUUCUUGAUAAGAAAAGGAAAAGAGAAUCUGAAGAAGCUGAUCGUAGAGUGAAAGAUGGUAAUCUUACAGGCCCUGGAAGUCAGGGGAAUUCAAUCAUGUUCAUACCAUCCGAAUCCGCUGGCAAGGAUUCAAACUCACGACCAGCAGUGCAGGCUCUUUCUGGCUCUGUCAACGACUUUGAUAUGUUGGGCUUCAAUGGUGCAGAUUUUCUUUCUGAAGCUGAAAAAAGACUCUGCAGUGAAAUUAGACUAACUCCACCUCUUUACCUAAGGAUGGAAGAAGUUUUAUCGGUAGAGAUUUUUAAUGGCAAUGUCACCAAGAAAUCUGAUGCUCAUCACUUAUUCAAGAUUGAUCCAAGCAAAAUUGACAGAAUCUAUGAGAUGCUUAUCAAAAAGGGGAUUGCUCAGUCUUGAUAUUAUUUGAUUCUGUCCUUCAUUGUUGUUCCAAUUCUCUUUGUAGUUCAAUUAUUUACCCCUUGAUGUAAUGGAAAGAAAGUUAGAAUUUAGUCAUCUCUUUGGAAUGUAGGAGUAACUGACCAGUAUUCAUACUAGAAUAGAAUGCCAUAUUAUUAAAUUGUGUUAUAUUAUAGCUUUAAUUCAAAGUCCUUUUUGCUCUCCA